UUUCACAACAUUUCUUGCGAAACAAAAAAAACAAAAACAUUUUCCUUUCGCAUUUUCUCUCUCUUCUUCAUAGUUCCACUCACUCUCUUCAAUUUAUUCAUCCCUAAUUUCUCAUCAAUUUCAUCAAAUUUGAUGAAUUUGAUCUCUCCCUCAUCGUAUGAAACCCUAAAUUUCCAUCAAUUACUUCAUCUUCUUCGAUUAUUCUGAUGAUCGAAGAAGAAAUAAGUUGAAUUUUGUUUAAUUGAGCAUCUCAAUCGCCCCAAAACUCGAAAGAAAACCCUAACCCUAACCCUAACCCUAGCAGCAUCAAUUUUAAGCGAUGUCGACGAAUUCAUACCAAAUCAAUUUGGAGAACUUCUCGAAGAGAUUGAAGGCUCUCUACUCAAACUGGAAAAGUAAUCCAGAUUUAUGGGGAGAAGCUAAGGCGUUAGCAAUUGCAACGCCGCCAGCGUCGGAAGAUUUACGAUACUUGAAAUCUUCGGCGCUUAACAUUUGGCUUUUAGGUUAUGAGUUUCCUGAUACGAUUAUGGUGUUCACUAGGAAGCAGAUUCAUUUCCUUUGUAGCCAGAAGAAGGCGUUGUUGCUUGAAGUCGUGAAGAAGGCGGCGAAGGAUGCCGAACAAGUUGAAGUGUUGACGUAUAUAAAGAGGAAAGGCGAAGACGGUUCGUCGCAUAUGGAUACCAUUUUGAAGAGUCUGCGCGCGUUAGAGGAGAAGCCCGUGGUUGGGUACUUGUCGAAGGAAGCUCCAGAAGGAGGGUUAUUGGAAAUGUGGGUUGAUAAGCUGAAGAAUUCGGGUAUGGAGCUGAGUGAUGUUACAAACGGGUUGUCGGAUUUGUUUGCUGUUAAGGAUGCUGGAGAAUUGGUGAAUGUGAAGAAGGCGGCGUUCUUAACGGCUUCUGUGAUGAAGAGUCAUGUUGUUCCGAAUUUGGAGAAGGUUAUCGAUGAGGAGAAGAAGCUGGCGCAUUCGGCUAUGAUGGAUGAAGCUGAGAAGGUGAUUUUGGAUCCUAGCAAAAUUAAGGUCAAGUUGAAGGCGGAAAAUGUGGAUAUUUGUUACCCUCCGAUCAUUCAGAGUGGUGGGAAGUUUGAUUUGAGGCCGAGUGCCUCGAGUAAUGAUGAGAAUUUGUAUUAUGAGCCUGCUAGUGUGAUUAUUUGUGCUGUUGGGUCUAGGUAUAAUAGCUAUUGCUCGAAUAUAGCGAGGACAAUCUUGAUUGAUGCUAAUUCGGAUCAGAGUAAGGCAUAUGAGAUUUUGCUUAAGGCGCAAGAAGCAGCCAUUGGUGCAUUGAAGUCUGGGAAUAAAGCUAAUGAUGUUUAUCUUGCUGCUCUUGCUGUAGUCGAGAAAGAGGACCCGGGAUUGGUGGCGAAUUUGACUAAAUCAGCGGGUACUGGUAUUGGCCUUGAAUUCAGGGAGUCGGGGCUGAACUUGAACGCUAAAAAUGAGAAGGAGUUGAAGCCAGGGAUGGUAUUUAAUGUUGUCUUAGGAUUUCAGAACAUGAAGACUCAGGCAAGUAACCCAAAAAGCCAGAACUUUGCCUUGCUUCUAGCUGAUACCGUCAUUGUUGGGGAGAAGGGCCCAGAAAUUACGACUGCAUUGAGCUCUAAGGCAUUGAAAGAUGUUGCUUACUCAUUCAAUGAGGAAGAGGAAGAGGUUGAGCCACCAAAGGCAAAGCGCAAGGUCAAUGAGGCUGAAGCUGUUCCUACAAAAACUACUCUAAGGUCGGAUCAUGGGGAGAUUAACAGAGAAGAGCUUAGGAGGCAGCAUCAAGCUGAACUUGCUCGUCAAAAGAAUGAAGAAACUGCUCGGCGACUUGCUGGUGGUGGUGCAGGGGCAGGAGAUAAUCGCUCUUCGUCAAGAUCUUCAACAGAGCUGGUAGCUUACAAGAAUGUAAAUGAUCUUCCACAUGCAAGGGGUGAAAUGAUGAUUCAGGUUGACCAGAAGAAUGAGGCUAUUUUACUGCCCAUCUAUGGAAGCAUGGUCCCUUUCCACAUUGCCACUGUGAAGACCAUCACCAGUCAGUCAGACACCAAUCGCAAUUGUUAUGUCAGGAUAAUUUUCAAUGUUCCAGGCACACCUUUUAGUCCACAUGAUGCUAAUUCUUUGAAGAAUCAGGGGGCAAUAUUUGUGAAGGAAGUUUCCUUCCGCUCAAAAGAUCCCAGGCAUGUGAAUGAGGUGGUUGCGCAGAUAAAGACACUCAGGCGGCAGGUUGCUGCUAGGGAGUCUGAAAGGGCUGAGAGGGCAACCUUGGUUACUCAGGAAAAACUUAUAAUUGCUCAAAACAGAUCCAAGCCAAUGAGACUGUCUGAUCUAUGGGUACGUCCUGCUUUUAGUGGGCGGGGAAGAAAGCUGCCUGGUACUCUAGAAGCACAUGUGAAUGGAUUUCGGUUUUCUACCUCCAGGUCAGAUGAGCGUGUUGAUAUCAUGUUUGCUAAUAUCAAGCAUGCUUUCUUCCAGCCUGCAGAAAAUGAGAUGAUUACUCUUCUUCAUUUCCACCUUCACAAUCAUAUAAUGGUGGGUAACAAAAAGACCAAGGAUGUGCAGUUUUAUGUUGAAGUGAUGGAAGUGGUCCAGACCCUGGGUGGUGGGAGACGAUCUGCCUAUGAUCCUGAUGAGAUUGAAGAAGAGCAGCGAGAAAGAGACAGGAAGAACAAAAUCAACAUGGAUUUUCAAAAUUUUGUCACCAGGGUAAAUGAACUUUGGGGAAUGCCUCAGUUUAAAGAUCUUGACCUGGAGUUUGAUAUGCCUUUGAGGGAGCUUGGAUUCCAUGGUGUACCGUACAAGGCUUCUGCUUUCAUUGUCCCCACUUCCAGCUGUCUUGUUGAGCUGAUUGAAACACCCUUCCUUGUGAUCACCCUGAGUGAGAUUGAGAUUGUGAAUCUGGAGAGAGUAGGCUUUGGGCAGAAGAAUUUCGACAUGACAAUCAUAUUCAAGGAUUUUAAGAAAGAUGUGUUCCGAAUUGAUUCUAUCCCCACCAGUUCUUUGGAAAGUAUCAAAGAAUGGCUAGAUACCACUGAUAUUAAAUAUUAUGAGAGCAGAUUGAAUCUGCAUUGGCGUGCCAUUCUGAAGACUAUCACUGAUGACCCAAAGAAAUUUAUAGAAGAUGGAGGGUGGGAAUUCUUGAACAUGGAUGCAAGUGAUUCUGAAACCGACGAGUCAGAGUCAGAUAAAGGCUAUGAGCCAUCUGAUGUGGAGGCUGAGUCAGAGUCAGAAGAUGAAGCCUCUGACAGUGAAUCUUUGGUGGAGUCUGAUGAGGAUGAAGAGGAAGAGGAUGAAGAAGAAGAGGAGGAAGAGGAAGGCUUGACUUGGGAAGAGCUAGAGAGAGAAGCUAGCAAUGCAGACCGUGAGAGAGGAGAUGAAUCUGACAGCGAGGAAGAGAGACGUAAAAGGAAGAUGAAGGCAACUUUUGGGAAAUCCCGUCCUGGCCCUAGCAGCAGCAGCAGCUUGCCUAAGCGUCCCAAGGGUAGGAGGUAGAUGGGUUUGGCACUGAUCCAUUAGCUUGGUAAGUUCAGUUUUGUGGUCAGCUGAUAUGGGUUCUAGAUAGGUUCUUUUGGUUUGUGUUUUUCUAGAUAUGGGGUACUUUUUCAUUGCUUUUGUUCUUGUUAUGUUUUUUGCACUGGGCAUUGUAUAACGUUCAUCCUAGAAAUGAAAGAAUUUUCACAUGUAAAAUGGUGAUUUUAUUUGUUGGACUCAAGUACCUCUCUUAUCUAGCAUAAUUCUCUCAAUUUGUUGGUA